AUCGAUACAAUCAACAUGUACAAGUUUUUAGUAUUCAGUUCAGUUCUGGUGCUGUUCUUUGCUCAGGCUUCGUGCCAGAGGUUCAUCCAGCCGACCUACAGGCCACCGCCAACACAGCGCCCGAUAACACGUACAGUGCGACAAGCUGGCCAGGAACCGCUAUGGCUGUAUCAAGGUGACAAUGUUCCUCGUGCGCCAAGUACUGCAGACCAUCCGAUUCUUCCUUCGAAAAUCGACGACGUGCAGCUCGAUCCAAACCGAAGGUAUGUUCGCAGUGUCACCAAUCCAGAAAAUAACGAGGCGUCCAUUGAACAUUCACAUCAUACAGUUGAUACUGGACUUGACCAGCCGAUCGAGAGCCACCGUAACACAAGGGACCUGCGGUUUUUGUACCCUCGAGGGAAACUGCCUGUUCCAACGCUUCCUCCGUUUAACCCCAAGCCAAUAUAUAUUGAUAUGGGAAACCGUUACCGACGACAUGCGUCGGAGGAUCAAGAAGAAUUGCGGCAUUAUGAUGAGCACUUUCUGAUUCCGAGGGACAUUUUCCAAGAAUAGGGAAAGUUCCAGAAACAAAAGAUUUCGGAGUGCGCGCCUAUAUUCAUUGAAACGUAAUUAUUUAUACUUACUUAAUAUAUUUUAUAGUUCUGUUUAAAAAUACAUAGUAAUUUAUAGUGGCCGUGUCAAACUCAAAUAAUGUAAGUACACAUGUAUAACAUAAUAAUAUGAAAUUCAAUAAAUCUCAAA